AUGCAACAAGUGUGGCAAAAAAUAGGUGUCAAAUUUGCAUCAACUUUUACAGAAAGCAUGCAACAUCGACACCAGGAUGUGAUUGAGGCCAAGGGAGGUUUGAAGGGUUUGUUUGUCAUUCUUGCUGAGCAAAUGUAUGGUGAAGAUAUGGUUUCUCUUACAAAUUUUCUGGGAUCAAAAAUCGAAACGUUUUUAACUCUGAAAUCCUACAGAGACAACGUUUCUAUCAUAACCGGACUAGAUAAUCAUGGAUACCUGUAUGGGGCCCGGUAUAUAUCUCUAAUCCUUCAUGGGGGGAAGUACCGUGCUCUAAAAAAUACAAUAUAUCUAUUGUACGAAUCUGGUAUAAUUAUUCAAUGCCGGGAACAAGGUCACAAUUUGUGGUCUGAUAAAAUCAAAAUGUCGUCUCCUGCUAAGAAAUAUCGUGACCCUCUUGGAAGCCUUGACCCUUUAGGAUCAGCACUGCGUGUAAAACGCUUCAGAAAUUAUAAAUACUUUAUCAAGAACAGUUUUAUCGCAUGA